AUGACAGCGCUCCCACCUGGUGCUGUAACUCGCAUAUUCAGCAGCCUGGAAUAUGUUCAGCUUGAAGCUCAGAAGAUCAUAGAGACACUUGAAAAGGACGAGGAAGAAAACGGCAACCAGUUCCUUGGUGUGAACUACCGGUUUGAGUUUGGAGGUGGUACAGGUAUUUUGCGCAUGAUACCAGGGUGUCCCCAUGAAUACACCACUAUGGGACUCUUGCAGAAAGUCACUCUGCAACUGAUUAACAUGGGACUAAGUGAGCAAUAUCGUUGGGGCGGAAAGACGCGAUAUGAAUCCCCUUUGCGGCAAAAAGAGGGAGACCAAGUGUUCAGCCCCUCUGCACGUUGGCCGUCUAGCACUAGCUUGCCAUGGCCCACCAUGGUUAUUGAAACGGGUGUAUCUGACAGCCUUCCAAGGCUACGUCAAGAUGCUAAAUGGUGGUUCGGAGCAUCUGAUGGAGAAGUAUGCAUAGUUAUUAUCCUAUCUAUCAAGAAGACCGCUGUGCAUUUUGAACAAUGGCAGCUUGCUCCACCCAAUGCCCCUCGACCCUUGACUAGAGCCUACAUUGACGGCCUCCGCCAAAAUCCCAGUAACGUGCCGCCCCUCCUCCAACAGCCGUCCAAUAUGCAGCAGCCAUAUUCGUGUGCUGAAGUGGAUUUGACUAAAACUUCAGUUGCUGGUGCCCCAGUGACAAUACCAUAUUGUGCUCUCUUCGACGUUCCUGUCCGACCCCCUGACAUGCAAGAUGUUGUGCUUAAUGUACAAGACUUCCGUUUCAUCACUGGAGUCAAUUUCUCUUGA